AUUAACCUUAUAAAUCUGAGCUCUGGUGUUGGCAGGAACAUUUGGAUUAAGACUGUACUGAACACUGGAUUCUGGUUUAUCUUCUCUGAGGGAGCAUUGAACUGAAGCGUUUGUGUUGACGGUGGCAGCGCUCGUGGGGAAGAGGACCCGUCGGUAACAUAAACCAGAGUUGGUAGAUCUGGAGACAUAGUCGUCUGAAGAAGAGCAUACAGAAAUGUGGAUGAAUACAUUUUCACGUUUUGCCCGGCCUGCCCUGCAAAGGAGCACAUCGGUCAUGGCCUGCCAGGCUCUGAGGGCUUGUUGUAGGACAGGAAAAACUGCCGGUCCACGAUCCUCUUGUCUGACUUCAGUGCAACUUCGUGGGCAUCAGACCAUGGGGUCUGCCUCUGCCUCCCUCCCUCUUACUCGUCACUCAGUGAGGCAUGUCCGGGCUCUGGAUGAGGAGAGACUGAUGGAGGUGGAGUGGGAGGAUGGAGGCCAAAGUCUGUACCCAUUCACUUGGCUGAGGGACAACUGCCAGUGUCCAAUGUGUACCCUGGAGUCUGCUCAGGCACGGAAACUGUUAAUGGCUGAUCUUGAUAUCCACACAGGAGUUGAUGUUGUGGAGGUCACAAAUGACAACAAGGUGUCUAUUGUUUGGCCCGACCAGCACACCAGUGUGUUUGAUGCCGAGUGGCUGAAAAAACGCUGUUUCUCUCCUGCUGCCAGACAAGCAAUGCAAGAAGAACUUUUCCUCAAUGAGCGUUAUUACUGGGACUCCAAACUGCGCAUCCCCACAGCAGACUACCAGGAAGUCCUGCAUGACGAUCAGGCGGCGCUGGCCUGGCUCUUGGCGCUGCGUCGCGUUGGCAUCGUGUACCUGAAAGGGGCUCCAGCUGAGCAGGGCCAAGUUGCUAGACUGGCUGAGAGGAUUGGCUACCUCAGGCUGACAUUCUACGGGCACACUUGGCAGGUCCAGGACAAAUACAUGGCAAACAAUGUAGCCUACACUUCUGGAAGGCUCAGUCUCCACACAGACUACCCGGCACUGCACUUUGCACCUGGAGUGCAGUUUCUUCACUGCAUCACUCAGGCGGUGGAGGGGGGCGAGAGCGAGGUUGUGGACGGCUUCCACAUGGCCAAGCAGCUGCAGAGAGAAGACCCAGAGGCCUUCAGGACGCUCACCUCACUCCCCGUGGACUUCACUGACACGGGGACGGACUACUGUGACUUCAUGCUGCAGUCCAAGAAGUGCAUCAUCGACCUUGACCCUGAGGGCCGAGUCGUUCGGAUUAACUACAACAACGCCACCAGAAACUCAGUGCUGGACCUGCCCUUACAUCAGGUUCAGCCUUUCUACAGAGCUCUGAAGACCUAUGUGAACAUCAUGAACCGACCAGAGAACGUGGUCACAUACAGCAUGCAGCCAGGAGACUUGGUGACCUUUGAUAACUGGCGUCUGCUGCACGGGCGGAGGAGCUACGUCAGCAGGCUGGACAGGUUGAGACACCUGGAGGGAGCCUACCUGGACUGGGACGAAGUCAUGUCCCGCCUCCGGAUACUUCGCAGCUCGGUCAAUGGCAACGUCUGAAACUUCAAAGUAAAGACGGUAGCUCUGCAGCCUUUGCAGAGAAUGGAAACAAUGUUUUAAGUUUCAAGAGUUCAGCUGAACGCUGAGGAGACGGAGGGCGAAGUGCAAAGAAACUAUCUGACAACAGGAGAAGAGCUUGAUCUCUUUCUGUGAGUCAGUCAGGCAUCAAAUCAAAUGAAUUUAAAUCAACAGUUGAGGAUGCUUUCUUUAGGCUGGUUUUAAAUCUGCAGGGUAUCUUUAACUUUUCAGGCUUAUUACAGAGCAACGCUUCAAUGCAAAAUAUGACACUUAGAUUUCACUUUUAUAAGCUGAUACUUCAGAGGUUUUAUACUUUUUUUUAAUUAUGAUAUUAUGAAACUCAUAAGUUUAUUUUAAUCAAAUUCAUAAUUCCCUGUUCUCUGGUUAAGCUCACCAUGUUUCAACUGUUUCUGAAAUCAUAUUGUUUUUUUACGAUGGAUUACAGACUGUUAUUUAGUUUAAUAAUGAUACUUCUGCUUUUGUUAGACGAGGAUGGAUGCAUUUGAUUUGUAAUGCAAAAAGAAUGAAAAAAAAACUCAGAAUGAGCAGGAAAUCUCAACAUGAAACUACUUUGUUGUUUAACCAAAACAAAAUAGUUCCUGUGAAAGCUAUAGUUGUAAAUAUGGAAAAGGACUUUUCAUCAGAAACAGAAACAAUUCUUUCUUUGUAUUCAGCAGCAUGAUUUACUUUUGUGUGAUCCUGGCAGAAGUUUCAGAGCUGUUAUUUAUUUAUUUUUUUGUUUGAGGGAAAUUCUAUCCUACACAUAUUUCUAAACUACCCGACUGGUUACCAGGAUUUGGUGAUCAAAUACUUUUUUUUUGUAAAAAGAAUCCAUAAGGUACCUGUGAACUUUUUCAUGAUGUUAUUAGAAAGCACAAUGUGCUUACGUUUCAUGUUGCCAAGUUUGUGAUGCUGUUAUUCUCUAGAUUGGACAUUGACGAGUUCUUCUCAUUCUUUGGGGGAAAUAAUUUUCAGACGAGGUUUGACAUUUUAACGGUCACCGAAGUGCCCAGAGACAAAUGUAUCCGUUACAACCUUGAUUCAUUUUAAUGAAACUAUAACGACCACUGUGCAGUAUUUAGGUGCUCUAACAUUUUUAGAGGGAACAGUAAGUUUCUUAUAGCGAGAUGCUCGUGUAGAUGGAAAUACUUGACACUGCUCCCGUAAGAUGAAAUAUAAAAGACAUUAUGGAUUUAUCAGGUAAAGUGUGAUCAGGUGUUCACUGUUGAGCUCACCAGUGAAUGGUAUACUAUAGUGCGGCAGCUGAGACCUUUGUUUGGGGAGUAUUCCUUUGCUCAGUCUUAAUUCUUUUAAGGGUUGCACUGCUAGUCACUAUGAACUCAAACUAUAAAGAAAGCUUUUUGUAAAGUGUGUUUCACUCAAUGUACACACAGCUGGCUCAAAUAAAUCUCUGUAGCUCCAA